UAACAGGUCGCACAGGUUAUGCAACAUGUACACUGAGAUUUUCUUUUUAUUUACUGCGUUUUAAAAUCUAUUUGUUGUAUCAUGGCACGCGUGUGUUAACAGGUCAGCCCGUGGCUGCCGACUUAGUCCCACAUUUAAUGGCAACAUAAGCAUACACUGGGAAGAAGAGUUUGUCAUGGUGCCGCAGUUACGCUAAAGAAAUGACUAUGCAAAUUUACAGUAGGAGGCGAAGGUCUGGAAACCCAACCCACUUGACUAAAGUAAUGUACAAAAACAACGACAACAGGCAUUUUCUACCGGCGUCCGAGCUCCGCAUUUAAUCCGAGCCAUUGCCAUAGCUAUGUAAGCAAGGUUAAAAUAAACAGUGCGGUCCUCGGGACUGUCUUCAGUCGGAAAAGACAAGCAGUAACUUUUCAGCCAGCUUCUUUUUAAGCUUUGGCCUUUUUUUUUCUUCUUCUUUGUAGCGCCGUUUCCUCAAAAGCAGUGCAGUACCAUGACUUCGUGUCAUAAUUAUGAAAGUUUGCCUGCAGCUAGAAGAGUUGCCAUUUUCGGAGGCACUCACGGGAACGAAAUGUCAGGGGUGACGCUCGUUAAUCAGUGGAUUAAAAACGCAACUGAGAUUCAGAGACCGGGAGUUCAGAUAAAACCAUUUAUAACCAACCCCAGAGCCGUGGAGAAAUGUACCAGAUACAUAGACACCGAUUUAAACAGAGCCUUCACUACAGAAAACCUCAGCACAGAAAAGAUUGAAGACUUGCCUUAUGAAGUGCGAAGAGCUCAUGAAAUCAAUCGCCUGUUUGGUCCCAAGGGCAGUCAGGAUGCCUAUGAUGUCAUUUUUGAUCUUCACAACACUACCUCGAACAUGGGGGGUACCCUGAUUCUUGAGAGCUCAAAGGAUCACUGUAUCCUGCAAAUGGUUCAUUAUGUUCAGAAUGCUUUGAUCCCAAUAUCUUGCUACGUGUUGCUGACUGAACACCCCACUCUGAGAUAUGCAGCAUCACGAUCAGUAGCUAAGUGUCCAAUAGGUGUGGAGGUUGGUCCACAGCCUCAUGGUACUAUCAGAGGCGAUAUUUUGUACACUAUGAAGAGAAUAAUUAAGCAUGCUUUGGAUUUCAUACAGCUUUUUAAUGAAGGUUGGUAA